UCUCCCUCUUUUCCUGUGCCUGAUUGCGAGAGGAACAGGGCGUCUGUGGCCCUCCGUCUUAAUCCGACUCCAUCCUCACUUAAAGGCACCAUUUACCUUCCUCAAAAUGACCGAGCAGAUGACUUUGAGGGGGACCCUGAAGGGCCAUAAUGGUUGGGUCACCCAGAUCGCCACGACCCCUCAAUUUCCCGAUAUGAUUCUGUCUGCCUCAAGAGACAGGUCUAUCAUCAUGUGGAAGCUGACCCGCGACGAGACCAACUACGGAAUCCCGCAGAAGGCGCUGCGAGGCCACUCCCACUUCGUCAGCGACGUGGUCAUCUCCUCCGACGGCCAGUUCGCCCUGUCCGGGUCCUGGGACGGGACCCUUCGCCUGUGGGAUCUGACCCAGGGUGUCUCCACCCGGCAGUUUAUCGGCCACAGCAAGGACGUCCUGAGCGUGGCCUUCUCCGCCGAUAACCGCCAGAUCGUGUCCGGCUCGCGCGACAAGACCAUCAAGCUGUGGAACACCCUGGGAGUCUGCAAGUACACCAUCCAGGACGAGAGCCACUCUGAGUGGGUCUCCUGCGUGCGCUUCUCCCCGAACAGCAGCAACCCCAUCAUCGUGUCCUGCGGCUGGGACAAGAUGGUGAAGGUGUGGAAUCUGGCCAACUGCAAGCUGAAGACCAAUCACAUUGGUCACACCGGAUACCUGAACACAGUCACCGUCUCUCCUGACGGCUCCCUGUGUGCUUCCGGUGGCAAGGACGGACAGGCUAUGCUGUGGGACCUGAACGAGGGGAAGCACCUGUACACCUUGGACAGCGGUGACAUCAUCAACGCCCUCUGCUUCAGCCCCAACCGUUACUGGCUGUGUGCCGCCACCGGGCCCAGCAUCAAGAUCUGGGACCUGGAGGGUAAGAUCAUUGUUGAUGAGCUGAGACAGGAAGUGAUCAGCACUAACAGCAAGGCGGAGCCUCCACAGUGCACCUCACUGGCCUGGUCUGCUGACGGACAGACGCUGUUUGCUGGCUACACUGACAACCUGAUCAGAGUUUGGCAGGUCACCAUUGGAACCCGAUAAAGUCUUUUUUAUAGGAUCUAUCAGUGUUGAAUAAUAAAAAACUUUAAAGAA